AUGGCUCAAGAAGACCAUGGGCAGAGUCACGGUGACUCUCCCAAUAAUCCUACAAUUUCUGCCCCGACAUCGAAGUCUCCUUCUCUAGCUCCCAUAGUUACAUCUGUCACCGCUCCUCCAGCUUCCAACUCGACUGCUGGAUCUCUCAACACUGCUGCUGCCGAGACGACGCUUCCACCCAUCACCGAGCUUGCUUCAGUGCCGUUCACGGCUGCGGACCGCCCGACCGCCUCGACGACCGCUCCAGUUUCCACCUCUACACUCGCCGCAUCCUCCGAAUCCGAGCCAUUCGCCGUCUCUUCUUCCGUGCCGACACUCACGCCAGCCUCGGCUCCUGCUGCUCCCGCCGCUCCGCCCGCGGUUCCUCAGCAGAACGGCGACAGCAGGGCCCCCGAGGCUGCUUCGACACCCACGCCCAGCUCGGAAAUGUCCAACCAGCAUCCAGGACUACCUCAUGGUCAGCAUGUGAGCUAUCCGGGCUCCUCGAUGCCUUAUGCGUCCUCGGCAGGCCAAUCAGCCGCCCAAUAUGCCCCUUAUCCUGUAGUCACGAGUCAAGCAACGGAGCCAUACAGACCGAGUCCUAUGCCCGUCAGUAUGCCGCUACCUAGCAUGAGGACAAUCGAAAACCCACAUGGGCCUCCGGUAUCGAAUUCGCAGGGCAUGCCAAUGAACAUGCAUAUGGCGCCCACGUCAGGCGGUGUGCCAUUCUAUAGCCACCAAGGCAUGCCAAUGGCAAGCUACGGUCUUCCCGAUUCUAUGGCUCGUUAUGCUAUUCCUCAUGAUCCGCGGCUUCUGGGUCACAGGGGACCGAAGAAGGAGAUUAAACGUCGGACAAAAACAGGCUGUCUGACUUGCAGAAAGCGUCGUAUAAAGUGCGACGAAACACACCCGACUUGCAACAACUGUAAAAAGUCGAAGCGCGAGUGUCUCGGUUACGACCCCAUUUUCAGACAACAAGCGGGCGGACAAUCAUCUUCCAAUAUCCAGCCUGCGCCCAGCCAAAGGACUCCUCCCACAGUUCCCAGCUCUGUGCCUUCAACUGUCCCUUCAUCGAUAGCGCCCAACACUGCCCUUACGGCUCGACCUACGAACUCAUACGGCAGCCAACCAUCUAUGCUCCCAAGCUCGUAUGCAACAGCUCACGCGACAACAGCAAGCCCUAACCCGUCUAUCACCUCGCUUAGCUACGACUCGAGUUUUUCCAACGUUGCAUCUCCUCCUGUCAAACCCGAGUCGACAUACGAGUAUCCGCCCGCAAUCGACCCAGCCCUUCAAGGAUUCUCAUCAACCUCAAACGCGGAAAGCUCUAGAGCGGUUGAACAAAGGCCUCUUGCUGACAACAACCAACAUCUUAGAGCCAACAAAAUGAAGAUUGAUGAAAUUAUCAAUCUCCUGGGCACAGUUCCUCCGUCCCAGAACGUUGUCCACACUGAGGGGACUCGCAAUGAAAUCAUCAAGGUGUAUCAUGAAAUGUACGCACCUGGGCUUGCCUCUUUCUUCGAAUCCGGGUGGUACCACUUUACAGAAAAUGGAUCACCUUCGUUUCCUCAAAGCCAGCGUCUCGUCGAAUUAAUGGCAUCUUUUCUCAAGGCCUUGGAGGCUGUAAAGGUCAACGAUCAAACCCAGAUGGCCUACUCUGGUAUUCUUGAGACACGCCUUGUGUGGGAGCUAGCGCGAGCAGCAUACGACCCUCCCACUGCAGCUUCUGCUAUCAGUACCACAACGCUGCCGCACGAUGGUGAUGCGAAGGAGACCCAAAACCGUGUCCGAGUUGUUGAGGCACUUUUGUGUGGAGACUAUCUAUCAGUCAACCCACUCUGCCCACCAAUGCAAGACCCUGACAGUUACCGAACCCGACAAUUUGAUUUCUGGUACAGCCUGGCUGAGUUCGUGCGUACGCGGGAGGAUCCCAAUGGUCCAGCUGCCGCCAAGUCUAGGGAGGAAAUGCUUUCAAGGAUGCGGUAUCUACUUGAUGGUCGCGAGAACCGCGAUGUUCUCUACUCGAUUGCAGUUGUUCGAGAACUUGCUCCCCACUUUGAUUCUCCCUACGGCAACGCUGCUCCUCAACAUGCCGACGAGAGUGACCCCAAGAACAAACUCUCAGUUGCAUCCAAGUUCAUUUACGAUGAAUCUCAGGUCACAGGUGGAACUACCAACGUCGUGCGACGUCUAUGCGACAUUGCAUACAGAGCUUUCGUCAAUCCAGGUGUCAAUAUUGCUCGAAGAUCUUGA